AGUCUGACGAGGGGCACGUCGUGGGUGCUCUAAGGCCCACAGUCUGGAAAAUUCAGGAAGUCAGAGAACAGGGGUGGGGGUGCAGAGGGCUGCCACGGGGGACUUGGACUAGGGGAGCCUGAGUCACCAGAACUGGUAAAUCUAAGCUAUAGGGAGCCAGAUGCUGGGACAAGGGAGCCCCUGGACCAGCAGUUAAAGGCUUUGAGCCCGAGGGUUGGAAGAAAGUCUGGCCACUGUCCAGGUAUCCAAGGUAGAAUGUCCCCAGGAGAAGGCUGACAGGCUUAACCCAGGCAUGCCCGACCUCCCAGGAAAGGGCCCCUUCGCCAGGAAGGUGGGCCAUGAGCUUUCUUUCUAGAUUUCUGCACUGAUCACCUAUCCUGCCAUGCACUUGAGCCUGCUGCUGGCUGCUGGGGCGGUGCCCAACCCCCAGGCUCACAGCAGCCCUGGCAGCUCCGGGCACAGUGGGCAGGGGGAGUGCCGUGGGGAUGGCAUGGCCGCAGGGGAGGCUGGAGACAGAGGUGAGCUUGCUGGGCUGCAGGAAGCUGGACAGAGCAGGCGCCGGUGGGGCGAAGGAGGCCCGACAGAGAAAGGGUCCGUGCAUUCCAGCUAGGGAGGGCCAGGGCACAGCCCGGAGGCAUGGAGAGCAGGGGCUAGGAGAGGCACAGCCUCUGACCUCACAAUACCCAGAGCCCACUGGGCCCGCCUUGUAACUUGCAAAGUCCGGCGGCCUCCUCCAACCCGGGCACGGCCCGGGGCCCUGGGCAGCCUCCAGGCGCGGCGCCCUCCCUCGGGCGCCACCUGUCCCGCCGCCACGGGGCAUGUCUCUACUCACCAAUUAUGAGGGGCUUCGGCACCAGAUCGAGAGGCUGGUGAGGGAGAACCAGGAGCUCAAGAAGCUGGUGCAGCUCAUUCGGGAGAACCACGAGCUCAAGACGGCCAUCAAGACCCAAGCAGGCGGCGGCCUGGCCAUCAGCGGGUUCAGCUCGGGGCUCGGCGAGGUGGCGACCAGCCCCCCUCAACGCCGGGGAAACUGUGUGUUCCUGCCCCCGUCCCCGGCAGCAGCAAACGAGCCUCUCCUGGAUGAAGUGGGGAUCAUGACUCUGGCACCCCUGGCCGACAUGCUAAACAGCCCGCAGCCCGGCGCCACGGCAUGCCCAGCCACCAACCCCCUGACCGGCCCCCUCAGCCCCCUGCUGCCUGGCCCGGGCUCUCUGCCACAGAGCGGCACGCUCACCAGCCUCCUGACCGGCCCCAUGGCGGUGUCCCCGGGGGGCACGCUGACCAGCUCCCUGGGCCUGCCCUCAACUGGCCCCCUGACUCCGAGCAGCCACCUGACCGGCCCCAUGGCGGUGUCCCCGGGGGGCACGCUGACCAGCUCCCUGGGCCUGCCCUCAACUGGCCCCCUGACUCCGAGCGGCCACCUGACCGGCCCCAUGGCGGUGUCCCCGGGGGGCACGCUGACCAGCUCCCUGGGCCUGCCCUCAACUGGCCCCCUGACUCCGAGCAGUGCCCUGAUGGCCCCAAUGACAGGCGCAGUGGCCGUCUCUCUGAGCAGCCCCCUCCUCACCUCCACAGCCGCCCCUCUAGGUGUCUCUCAGAACCUUCUGGCCAACCCCAUGGGCAAUCUGGUGCUGUCAGAUCCGCUCCGGGGGUACCCUUCCGGACCCCAUCCCUCGGCUGGAGCAGGGCCUGUCGCCACCCCGAAAGUCCCAAUCUCCACUGAGCAUCCCCAGCCGACCCAGGACCUGGAGCCCUUCAGCAUGACGUUUGUGGGUUCACCCAUCCAGGCCUCCACCCCUAUCGGGACCAGGGGCACACCUGACCCCAUGACCACCUUCUCCUACAGCAGCUCAGAAGCCCAGCCCCAGCCCAGCGCCCCUCAGGGACAAGCGGGUCCUGCAUCUGUCCGCACUACCCCAACCCCCUCUCCGACUGCCGCAGUCCUCGCCCCUACCCCUGCUCCUGCCCCCCAACCCACCACCAACUACACUCCCUCGAGCACCACCCACAUUGUCCAGUGCCCCCCUCAGUCUCCCACCCGGGGACACCACCCUCCCGCCCAGCCCUUGCCCACACCCCACUCCCCUCCACGAAAUCCCCACUCCCCGCCCCGAACCUCGUCCUCCCCGGCUACAGUCAGCGAUGCCCGGGGUCCACGUGGCAUGGAGACAUCUCGGAAAAGCAUCCUAGAGCUGGAACGGAAGAUGGCCCAUCGAAAGGCCAGCAAGUUCCCGGACAGCCCCCGAGAGUCAAAGCAGCUAGCCUGGGAGAGGCUGGUGGGGGAGAUUGCCUUCCAGCUGGACCGCAGAAUCCUGUCCAGCAUCUUCCCGGAGCGUGUGCGGCUCUACGGCUUCACUGUCUCCAACAUUCCAGAGAAGAUCAUCCAGGCCUCCUUGAACCCCAGCGACCACAAGCUGGACGAGGAGCUGUGCCAGACCCUCACACAGCGGUACGUGAGCAUCAUGAACCGGCUCCAGAGCCUGGGCUACAACGGGCGGGUGCACCCGGCGCUGACGGAGCAGCUGGUGAACGCAUACGGCAUCCUGCGCGAGAGGCCAGAGCUGGCGGCCUCGGAGGGCGGCUCCUACAGCAUGGACUUCCUGCAGCACGUGCUGGUGGAGACCGUGCACCCCAGCAUGCUCAGCGACGCGCUGCUGCUGCUCUCCUGCCUCAGCCAGCUGGCGCACGACGACGGCAAGCCCAUGUUCAUCUGGUGA